AGACACACUCCCUCUCUCUCUUCCUUCAUGCAUCAUUGGCGAAUAUUUACAUUGCCAUCUCUGCUGCACUCCCAUUGGCAAGUCCAAUAACCAGUUCCCUCACCACCUGCACACCCUCCCUCCCUCCCUCAGGCUCAGCUCUCUCGGGCUUGCUACCACCACGCCUAGGACUUGGAGCGGCAGCCAAGCUCUCACAGGGUACGGUAUACGGUACGGUGCAGAGACAGACAAGAUGAGGUGCUUCAAGAUCCUCCUGCUGGUAUCCCUCAUCCCUCUCGUGCUCAGGGGGGUCUCGCUUCUGGGCAACGUCAUCCCUGCACCAUCGCCGCGCGGGCAGCCGUCGUCGUCCAGCCCCCGGACGAACGGCGCCGCCACCGUUCCUUCUCCGCUUUCUUCGGCCUCCUCGCGCGUGGGCGUGGGCCGUGGCCGUGCCCAGCUCCCCGCCGCCGCCGUCGCCCAGCGGCGGUUCGGCGGCGACGGCGGCGGCGGCGGCUUCUUCAGGGACGACAAGAGGUUCUCCCCGACCGGCUCCAACCCGUUGCACAACUUGUGAAUCAUCCACACCCCACCCGCAUUGUUCAGGAACCAGCAGCAAAAUGCAGUUUGGAGCAAGUCCAAGGCUUUCCAAGCCGAUGCCCGCCCUUCUGCGGAAUUGCAGAUGAAAAGACGCGUAGUCGUCGUUCUCAUAUACUAUAUAUUUUUCCUCUGUCUCUCUGUAUGUUCGUAUACCUGUUGUAGUCUGGCUUUGUGUGCAUACAUUUUGUAUUUGUUCUUUUACAGCUUGGAAAAUGCUGAAUUUUUCCGCUC